AUGGCUGCUGCUCUCGCUAUGCUGGCCCUGACGGGCUCAGCCCUCGCCGCCCCAAGCCCUCGGCUGGUGGCCCGGCAGGACUCUGACCCCGCGACCACGGGCAACGUGACCCUGGCGCCGGUGACGGUGACCUCGGACGACGCCGACAGCUUCGCCCCGCAGUACAACACGUCGCUGCCCUACGGGACGGACGAGUCCUUUGUCAGUGUGGGCCUGACGACGACGCACGGCAACGUGCUGCUGGAGGGGCUGACGAGCGUGGUGUCGGUGACGUGCGCGGCGGACGCGGUGAGCAUCGUGUUCGACAGCGCCGACAACCUCGACGCGGCGUACAGCGCUUGGUCCCCGUUCCCUUACCUGCUGUUCACCACCAACCACAUGGGCGACUGCGACUCCGAGCUCGAGCGCGGCUUCUUCGUCGCCGACAGCUUCACGACGGACGCCUCGGCCCUGACGCUCGUGGCGGGCGCGCAAAAGACUGACGUCAGCUCUGUUGCCUCUUAUAUCAGGACCGACUUCAACGGCCUGCCGUUCCUGCUCGACACCAGCGAGACCAAGAGGUCGCUCGGCAGCGUCACUUUCAGCCCAGCACCGUUGAACUUCAACACAAGCCUGGUGGUGAACGAUACAACCCUGUACUCGGACGACUUCUUCACCGCUGACGUCUCUGGGAGCCUGAACCUCUCCAUCACCGUGGGCGGCACGCUCGUGUACAACGUUCUCAAGUCUGAGCUGGAGUCCCUGGAGGCGUACCUCGAGACCAACACCACCUCGGAGCUCGUGCUGGGCCUGGACUUUGCCAUCCCCUACAACCAGACGUUCGCCUACUCGUUCAACGCAGGCUCGAGCACGGUGGAGAUCCCCGGUCUGCUCUCGUUCGGCCCCACCAUCGGCUUCGAGAUCGGGGCCGUGGUGGAGGCCGACGCCGCCGUGGACGUGACCCUGACGCUGGGCUCCGAGAUCGAGAACGGCACCUUCACGCUCGACUACACGGGCAACCUGAGCUACUCCGGCUCGUGGGAGCCGACGUUCAGCGUGGGCGUGAGCGUCUCCGAGGCGGCGGGCGUCAGCGCCACGCCCUUUGUCGAGUCCAACUUUGACCUGGCCUUCUCGCUGCUCAACGGCACGCGCCAGGUCAGCGGCGGCAUCGCGCCCAGGUCCAGCUUCCCGACCGAGAUCUCGCUCGAUGCCGAGGAGAGCAUCGGAUCUUCGGGGGUGCCCACUGUCACGGACAAGGGCGAUGCGGCCUGCACGGAUGGCGUCGAGGUCGUGAGUGUGUUUGACUUUGGGCUGGAUGCGUAUGUCACGGGCAAGUGGGAUGAUGAGUACCAGUUUAACGUCUCCGUCCCUGUGCUGGACCAGUGCCUCUCGUGGUAG